AUGUUCACAGGCAUAGUCGAAGUCACAGGCACCGUCACCCGCCUCGAAAAGCAAGAUGACACUGCAGCCGGCGGAGGAGGGACCUCACUGACAAUCUCCGAUUGCGGGGAGAUCCUCACAGAUGCCCAUUUGGGCGACAGCAUCAGUAUAAACGGUACGCCAGCUCGCAUCCUACCCGAUUUUACCGUCUUUCUGUUCCGUCUCAGCCUCGACCUUUCACCCCAACAUUCUUCCUCCGCUGAUACAUUUUCCACACCAGGCACAUGCCUAACCAUAACCUCCUUCACCCCAUCCCAAUUCACCGUCGGCGUAUCCCCCGAAACCCUCCGCCGCACCAACCUCGGCUCCCUCACCCAAUCCUCCCCCGUAAACCUCGAGCGCGCCGUCAGCGCCACAACGCGCAUGGGCGGGCAUUUCGUGCAGGGACAUGUGGAUACCAUCGCGGAGAUCCUCUCCGUAACACCCGACGGCAACAGUUUGGUGUUCCGAUUGCAGCCGAGGGAAAAAGAGGUGCUGAGGUAUGUGGUGGAAAAGGGGUAUGUGACGCUUGAUGGGGCGAGUUUGACUGUUACGGCUGUGGAUGACAAGGCUGGUUGGUGGGAGGUCAUGCUGAUUGCUUAUACGCAAGAGCGGGUGGUCAUGGCUGCGAAAAAAGAGGGGGAGGAGGUGAAUGUGGAGGUGGAUAUGGUUGGGAAGUAUGUUGAGAAGAGCGUUAGGGGUUACUUUGAGGGGUUGGAAAAAGAGGGCAGUGGUGGGGGUGUAUUGGAGAGGAUGGUUGGGAAGAUUGUGGACGAGAGAAUGAAGAGAUGA